CGUCUGCGUCGGGUUUCACGGAGGCCGUGGGCAUUUCGGGCUCACCGGGAGGGUGUGGCCGGGAUGCUGCUGUCCUCGCGGGUGUGCACGCCCCCCGUGGGAGAGGUCCGUCCCUUUCUGGCUGCUGUGAACGCUCCUCCGCGCUGCUAUCGUAUGGAACAUGAGACUGAAGAAUAAUAGCUCAGAAUGUUUCUGAAGAAGAAGAAGAAGUUUCCUUUGAGGUAGAAAUGGAAGGAUUUAAAAGAGAGAGAUUCUGCUUCCCCAUUUUAGGUGACAAUUGGGACUGUGAGAACCAGGAAAGAAAUAUGAGGCAGUCUCCUUUAAUUGAUGAGAAAACAGGGGUUCAGGAAGCAAAUUGUGAUGAUCUUGGUGUUGAGGAGCAUUUGAAUACAAAUCCAGCCCUUCUAGAAUCUCAGAGAGUUCCUACAACAAAUGGCUUUCAUGUUCAUAACUCAGAUGUUAAAACUUUUGAUUGUGAUCAAACCUUACAUAGUUGUCCCCAGAGUUAUACAGCUAAGGAAACUGGUGAUGGUGAUGCUUGUGAAAAAGCCAUCCAUCCUUCCGUGGAAGUCACUCAACUUGCAAGAAACCAAAUGAAAGACAAACCCUAUAAAUACACAGAAAGUAUUAAAUCUCUAAACCACUUUACUACUCCCCUUUGUGACAAAAAAAUUAAGAAAAGAAGCAAAAAAUUUUACAAAGGUAAGGACUUUGGGGACAUUCUGGCCCUGAACUCAUCUCUUAAUGAAAAAAGAAGUCAUUCCAUUGAGAAACCCUUUAAAUGCACUGAAUGUGGCAAAUGCUUCAAACGGAACUCUUCUCUUGUUUUACACCAUCGAACUCACACUGGUGAGAAACCUUAUACCUGUGAUGAUUGUGGAAAAUCAUUCUCCAAGAACUACAACUUGAUUGUACAUAGAAGGAUUCAUACAGGAGAGAAACCCUAUAAAUGCAGUAAAUGUGGGAAAGCAUUUAGUGAUGGAUCAGCUCUGACACAACACCAGAGGAUUCACACAGGUGAGAAGCCUUAUGCCUGUCUAGAAUGUGGAAAAACUUUCAACAGAAAUUCAUCCCUGAUUUUGCAUCAAAGAACUCAUACAGGGGAAAAGCCGUAUAGGUGUAAUGAAUGUGGGAAACCCUUCACUGACAUCUCUCACCUUACUGUACAUCUACGAAUCCACACCGGCGAGAAGCCGUAUGAGUGUAGCAGAUGUGGAAAGGCUUUCCGAGAUGGCUCAUACCUCACUCAGCACGAGAGGACACACACUGGAGAGAAGCCUUUUGAAUGUGUAGAGUGUGGGAAAUCCUUCAAUCGCAAUUCUCACCUCAUUGUGCAUCAGAAAAUUCAUUCUGGGGAGAAACCCUAUGAAUGUAAAGAGUGUGGGAAAACGUUCAUUGAGAGUGCGUACCUCAUCAGGCAUCAGAGAAUUCACACUGGUGAGAAGCCCUAUGGUUGUAACCAGUGUCGUAAACUCUUCAGGAAUAUUGCUGGACUUAUCCGGCACCAGAGGAUUCAUACUGGUGAAAGGCCUUAUGAGUGUAAUCAGUGUGGUAAAGCUUUUAGGGAUAGUUCCUGUCUGACCAAGCACCAGAGAAUUCACACUAAGGAGACUCCAUACCAGUGUCUGAAGUGUGGAAAGUCCUUCAGGCAGAACACUCACUUGGUAGUACACCAGCGACUCCAUAACAGGGAGGGUCCCAGCCAGUGUCCUCAAUGUGGGAAAAUAUUUAGAAGAAGCUGGUGUCUUGUCCGACAUCAGAGAACACACCUUGAAGAGCAGUCCGUGGAAGCAUAAUUAAUGUUGGCCAAACUUUUCUUGAAUGAACAAAGGAGAGGUGUCUUCAGAUAUGACUUACCUUGUUAACACAAAAGAAUUUGAGUAUGAAAUAUUCCAUAAUUCUGUUAUUAGGGAAACUCCUGAAGAGAGGGUUGAGUGGUAAUCAGUGUAGAAAAGGCUUCAGGGAUGAUUCAGCCUUAUUAAACAUGUAGUGCAGAUACUGAAGCAGAGCACCUGGAAGUGAGGAAGGUAUUUCCCUAGAGAGACCCAUCUACCUUUACAUCAGGUUCCUUAACUGGAAAGAACCUGUGAAUGCAUUCAGUACGUAAUCAAUAGGAGACAUCCUUAAUAAUGAGUAUCAUCUUAUUGUAUAUAGGCAAGUGCUUAGUAGACUCCAAGCUUGUAAGUGUAAUUAGGAAGAAUGCUUUUGUCAGGAGUUUUUUUUACUGUCUUUCCUGUUUCAGCAAAGGCAUAGUGAUGAGAGAUCUCGCACACAUCCCACGACAGCCACAGUAUACAGUUGAAUUUGCUGUUCGAAUGCACUUGUGUUUCAUAGUGCUGCCAGAACACUGAGGACUCAUUUAGUGAGCUGAAACUGGACGUAGGAGUUGUUUGUAAUUGAAAUGAAGUUUUCCCCUUUAAGACUAAAGUGCUCUCCAGAUGGAAAGGGCUGCUUCUAAGAAAUAAUAUCCAUUGCUUUAGUUGUUGAACAAGCAAACAUUGAGUUGUAAUAUUUCAGUUACCACUCGCCUUCACCACUGAUGAUCAUUUAGGACACUGAUUUGUUUAAAGUUAAGGUCAUUUGAAGCACAAUCUAAAGGUUUUGUUGCAAUACUAAAAAUGCUUAGAUCAUUACAAAAGAAGGCAUAAAAUAGAUUUAUUAUUAUUACAGUCAUGUUAAGAGUAUUCAUAUUAGGUUAGCAGUGGGUGAUGUAAAAAAAAUUAAUGGCUUUCUUAGGAGACUACAUUUGUAUAAUUUUUCCUUGUUAUACAUUUUUAUAUAACUGAUAGUGUAUAUAAAAGUGAAGCUAAAAGGAAAGGUAUUUGGUAUUUUUCAUGGACCUUUACCAGUGAAUAGAGGCCAGAGAUACUGUUAGACAUUAUAAAGGCUAGAUCAUGGUUACACGAAGCUGUAAGCAUCUACAGAUGUAUAUAGACAGAACUUUCUCUGGAAUCAGCACAUCCUGAGCCUAGAAUCAUUUCUUCUGGAGCUUGUAUUAUGAAGAUUAUGGCAUUGUGGAGGGAGAGGCUUAUCAGUCUGAGGAUAGGGAGGAGAAAGUUAAAGAAAAUUCUGGAAUAAUCCUAGCAUGUCCUUUCUCAGUGCACUGCUGGCUAAAUGAAAGCUAGACAAUUGGUUGACAGCUUCAAAGUCCUGUGAGCUGAUCUGGUAAUAUUGAAUUGAUCCUAUAUUUUCUGGUUCCUAUGGAGGGAGACUCAUAAGUCUAUUUUGAGAUGAUUAAAGCUGUUGAGUAGAUUGAUAAGGAAGUCAGACAUCUCUGUAUGGCUGCCCUUCUUUGACAGGAAGAACGGUCACACGAUGGGGAUGGAGAGAUGGUGGUUAAGAGCACUUGUUAUGCGUGCAGAGGACCUUGGUUUGGUUUCUUGCACCACAAGGUGGAAAAGCUAUUGGUGCCUAGUAGAUAGAGGCCAAAGACACUGUUAGACUCUUACAAAGAUAACCCUUGGAACAGUUAGUUCAUCUCAGAAUAUUAAGAGUGCUGAGAUUGAGUUAUAUAAUUUCUUUUGUAUACUUUUCAACCUCAUCAUUUGAAAAAUUGGUCUCAUGUUCCCAUGAGAGAUACAGUCAUUUAUAACUUACAGAUCGUCUCUAUAUAGCAGUGGUUCUCAACCUUCCUACUGCUGAGACUCUUUAAUGCAGUUCCUCAUGUUGUGGUGACUCCCAACCAUAAAAUUAUUUUCAUUGCUACUUCAUAACUAUAAUUUUGUUACUGUUAGGAAUUGUAAUGUAAAGAUCUGGUUUCCAGUGGUCUUAGGUAACCCCUCGGCUGUUUAACCCCCAGGGGUCAUGACACACAGGUUGAGAACUGCUGCCGUAUAGGGUUAGACGUCUCAGUAAGACAUGAAAACUCCUAGUGGACUCACUCAAGGGCUGGACACUUGGUGUCUGUUACUGUCAAGUAAAACGUGAAUGUGCCACAGUGUUAAUGUUAGCAGUGUCCUUGCUUUUUGAGUCUGCAUUCUAGAUUCUGGAAUAGGAAAUUAGCACCAGACCAGCUAUGGCCUGAGGGCACGCACCCCAAGGAGGAGGUGUCAGCUAUGAAUUGGAGUGAGUCCACAUGGGGUUUGUGUGAAGUGUGAAUUGUUUCCCCUUGCUCUUUUCUAAAAUUAGUUUUCUCAAGUGACCAAGAAUAAUUAUUGUAAUGAAAAUAACUACUCUAUAGAAGAUGGAUACUUCUGACUAAAGAGGGAAAGGUGAGAUUUGAAUUGGGAGAGUUCCAGCUGAUUUCUAGUGCAGCCUGGGCGACUGUUGAUGUUAGGCCUGAGUGGCUUGGAGUAGGACAGAGAGGAGACUCCCCUGGACUAUCAAGAUGAGCCCCAUUUAAUCACCCAGGCCCUUAAUAGGCAGCGAACGUUGGCUGGAAUCAGAUGUAGAAAGUGAAGGUAGAGUAUUUCAAAGAAUGAACAUUUACUUUACUUUUUCUGUCUUUGAUGAGCUUUUAAUUUACUCGUUUCUGGCUUUAAUGCUGGAAUGUCCACAAUGUGGGUAGCUUCUGAAAGUCAGAGAGGCAAGAAAAUGGAUUCUCCCCUAGAAGGACCUAUUCCUGUUCUUCCUAUUCGUAUUAGUCUAGUGUAAGCGAAUUGAUUCCAGUCUUAAAUGGAGAGAAGAGGUGUGUGGUUUUAAGCCACAGUGUUUGUGAUAAUUUAUUGUAUUAUCUAUAGGUGGUGUCCCUCACUAGUUCUUUUAGAUGCCUGACAGAAGUGUUUUGUGUGUGUUCUCUUAGCCAGCAAGUUAGUAAACCAACCCCUUCCACUCCAUACCCACAAAAAAAGUUUAAUAAGGAAAAAAAGAAUUCUGUUGGCUCUGGCUUCUGUCCUUUCACUAUUUUAAGAGCCCUGAUUUUUAGUAGUGGUUUAGAGAAUUAAAUCCUAUGAGGUGUGAUGGCACACACCUUUAAUCCUAGCACUUGGGGAGCAGAGACAAGCAGAUCUCUUGUGAAUUAGAGGUCAGCCUCGUCUACCUAAUGAAUUCCAGGACAGCCAAGGCUACAAGUGAGACCCUGACUGAAACAACAAAAAAUAAUAAAUUAAAAAUAAUAAAUUAAAAAAUUAAUAAAUCCUGUGAAUGAGUAGAAAAGAUAAAGAGUAGAUUUCCCAUAAGUUUACUCCCACCCACCCCCACUGACUUGGGUGGCCAAGAAGGUACAUUUCAGCAUCAUAAAGCAUGUCUACAGUCUAAGAAUGCAAUGUCCAGAGCUGAUUUUGGGAGCAUUUAUAAUUACGGCCACUGUUUUAAUAGUUUCCAUUAACCCACGUCAUUUUGAUGCUAAAGUUAUCAGUGCUCAAGUGGCUGGCAGAUUGUUCAUUAGACUGGUCCAACUUCAUGUCUCUCUUAGUUCAGCAGCUGCGUAGAGUACCUGCAGUACUGUCAGAGUUGCUACUAUAGCAGAAAGGUGAACGAGGUGUUUACAAUUGGGCAGGGGAGGAAAACAGGUAUGUAUCAUGUAUCAGGUGGUGGUUGAUGCCUGGGAGAACAAUAAAGCUGAGAAAGACGAUGGGAUGUAUGCGUUGUAUAGAAGUGAUUACAGUUUUGAAAACAGGUCAGAGAAAUCCUCACUGAGAUGAUUCCUAAUGACCUAUCAAAUAUGAGGGAAGGAGCCAGUAGUUACUUAGGGAAGAAAUAUUCUUACAGAGGCAAGAAUAUACUGUAUUUGAGGAACAGCCAGGAGACCAUUGUGAUUAGAAUGGAUGAUAUGAAAUGGGGCCAGGGAUGUAAUAGACAGCCAUUAAUUAAAAUACUGUAGCCAGGCCCAAAAAAAAAUUUUUUUUGAAGACAACUAUGAUAACCUGUCUAAUUGUUGAAGGUACUGUCCCCAAGGAUGUAUUGCACAUCUCCAGCCCUGUGAAGUUAGGCUUGAUCAUUCACUUCCUUUCUCAGUGAAAGGCAGUUGCAUGUGUGACAUGCAAGGGGUCUGAUGUCAUGCAACAAGAGGUUAGGAUUUGGGGAAGAAACCUCCCAUCAUUUCAGUUACAGGCAGGAGCUGUUAAGCCGUAGAUGGAGUUUCUUCAUGAGCAGUAUUUAAAGAAGAGGGUUUAUUGUAGAGGCAGGUGUAGAGAACAAAACUUUGCAAAAAAAAAAAAGAGUUCAUUUGCAAGAAAACAUUUGUGAAAAUAAAUGUUUUCAGAAUUACGAACAAUCAAGUCCAAGCAGAAGAAAGUAACUAAUAUAUAAGUAUAUGCUUGUAUCUAGGCUUGAUAACCACAGACAUUCAGCAUUAAUGGUUAUUUCUGAUAAACUAAUAUUCAAGUUCUGUCUAGUGGCUCUCAGUAUCCUCUCGAGGCUGUUCAGUCCCUCCAUUCUGUAAUUUCAGUACAUUUUUCAUUAACCACAGGAAAGACUUCUGUACCUGUUAGCAUUUUUCUACUCCAAGACCCUGGCAACCACUGAUCUAUUUUCCGCGUGUAUUUGGAAUUCUAUACGUUGCAUGUCCAUAGAAAAAUAAAACAUAUGGCCCUUUGUCACUAAUUCAUUUCAUUUAGUGUUUAUUUUCAAGGUCACUUUGUACUAGGAAUCCUUUUUGUGGCUGAAAAAUAUUUCACCAUAUGAUUAAAACCAUAUUCUUUGUAUUGAUUGAUGGACAUUUCAGCUUGUACUUUUUGACUAUUAAUAAUGUUGUUUUGAACAAAUAUACAAACUCAUGUGCCAAUACGUUUUCAGUACUCUUGGGUAGAUCCUUAGUGGAAUUGCUUGGUCUUUGCCUUUUGAGGAACUGAUGUAAAUAUCACUUGAACCAUUUUAUGUUUCUACAAGUGAUGUAUGACUGCUCUGACUUCUUACCAUGUCCUUACCAAAUUUAUUAUUUUUUUUGUUCUAAUGGUGUAAAGUGUUAUCUUGUGAUUUGGGAAUUUUUUUUAUAUAGUUAAAAUCGAUACCUUAUCCCACAGGUCAGCAUUUUUUCCUGCAAGGGCAACAGCAUUUUAAACUGUGUACUGCACUACUCAACCACAUGUGACUGCAAUGUGGAAGUAGCUUAUUGAUGAUUUGUAAGCAAACCAGUGCGGAUGUGUCCAAUAAAAUUUUACUUAUGGACUCUGAAA